AUGGCGCCCGACUUCUUUUCAAAGCUUGUGAAGCCUACGCCCCAUUCUCCGGGUGGAAGUGGUAGUAGAGAGAACACUACCGCUUCACCGAGUCCAUCCGGCACGUAUACUAGUACAACUCCCUACCUCAAUGCCAUCUAUGCCAAGCUCUGUCAAUGCCAGUACUUGCACGAGGCAGUCGACAUCAAGGAGGAAAUUCCCGUCACGGGUUUCGCCGUUGCGACUCGGAGUAACAAACGUAAUGCAGAUUUCGAUGAGCUUAGCAUCCCCGAAGGGACUAUCUCCUUGAAGCUUUCAAUCCCAAAUCACGAAAUAACUGCUCUCGGAAAGGAGACGACAGCCUUCAUCAUCCAUAACGCCAUCCAAAUAACCACCCGACAGGCAAAAUAUACCUUCACCUCGUUCCUCUCCCGGAGCACGACGUAUGACAUCAUCGCAAACAUCUGGAGACUCGCCCGUCUUGAGGACACUUCCGCCGAUACCUUCGCCAGCUCGUCUGGCCAUAUGAUAUCCCCCUCUAGCACUUCUGAUAUUUCAGGUCCCGUAACUAUGAGCGAAGGCAAAGAAGCAGCUCCUGUGACUCGCGCCAACAAAGUCACCCAUUGCGCGUGCUCGAAAAAUGGGGAACAUCUUAAUGAGAUUGCGCUUGAAACUGUGUUGCCCGGCAUCCCGGAUAAGAUUUACAAUUUAAUGUUUGGCAAGAGGUUCAUCAAGGAUUUCAUGCGAGUGGAUAAGAAACUAAUGGACGUGCAAAUAUCGGAUUGGAUCAACGACAAUUCAAAGCUUUUGGCGCGGAACAUGUCGUAUAUCAAGCCUCUGAAUAAUAACGUUGUCCCGAAGCACACAAAGUGCGAGAUCCACGAUGAAGCUUUAACGCGCGACUUUGAUGACCACGUCGUUAUGCUGACGAUGAUGAGGACGCCUGAUGUGCCUAGCGGGGGCGUGUUCUCCGUGGAGACGAAGACAUGCACAAUGUGGGCGAGUGCUAUUUCCACACGGAGCCGACUGGGAGAAGUUUCGCCAGAGGUUACUUAUGCUCAUACUCACGCCAUGCAAGGCCUCAUCGAAAAAUCAGCAAUCGACUACCGAAAAGUAUACUACUCAGACCUCAACAAAGCCAUGCGGAUGUACAUCCAGGACCACCAAUCUGAAUCCAUCCCAGCAGGUAUAGAUACGCUCGGACAUUGCGCAUGUUCGAAGAACGGGGAGCAUCUUGAUGAGAUAGUGCUGGAAACUGUGUUGCCUGAGAUGCCGGACAAGAUUUAUCACUUGAUGUUUGCGAGCGGGUUUAUCGAGGAUUUCAUGCACUGGCAGGUGGAUCAGAAUCUCAUGGCUGUGCAGAUAUCAGAUUGGACUCCUAUCGGCGAUGAUUCAAAGCGUUUGGCGCAGCAUAUGUCGUAUAUCGAGCCCCUGAAUAAUGCCCGGCCGCGCGUUCUCCGUGAAGGCGAAGACAUGUAUAAUGCGGGCAAGCGCAAUUUCCACGAGAGUGAUCGUCACUGUGUAGGCGGAAUUGACUGGGAGCAGUUUCAUCGAAAGUGCGCUGUUCUCUACUCUUCACGGAGUCUUAUGCUUAUGAUAUGGUGUCACACGCAAGGUCUCAUCGAAAAAUCUGCAAUCAGCGGCCAAAGAGUGUACCACUUUGACCUCGGUAAAGCCAUGCGAAUGUACAUUCAAGAACUCCAAUCCCAAUUCACACCAGCAGGCAUAGACCCAACAGCCGCAGCCCUCGUCGAGCCCCUCAGCCCCCUCGUCGAACUCAAUUCACCCACACUCGAUCGGUCUACGUUAGGACAUUGCGCUUGUUCGAAAAACGGGGAGCAUCUUAAUGAGACACUAUCAAUGACCCAGUAA